GCUCUCUCAUCCAUGGAGGAAUUCAGAAACCUGGAUCGAGAUAUUGAGGGGUCUGCGAAACGGUGGAAGAAAUUUGUUGAAUCUGAGUGUCCUGAAAAGGAGAAGUUCCCCCAGGAAUGGAAGAACAAGUCAGCUCUGCAGCGCCUGUGCAUCCUGAGAGCCAUCCGACCCGACCGCAUGACCUACGCUGUCAGAGAUUUUGUAGAAGAAAAGCUUGGCAGUAAAUAUGUGGGAGGGAGAUCCCUGGAUUUUGCAACAACCUUUGAGGAAUCAGGACCUGCAACCCCGAUGUUUUUUAUCCUGUCCCCAGGAGUCGACCCAUUGAAGGAUGUGGAGAAACAAGGGAAGAAACUCGGUUAUACGUUUAACAACAGGAAUUUCCACAACGUGUCCCUUGGCCAAGGGCAAGAAGUAGUUGCUGAGCAAGCUCUAGAUCUGGCUGCAAAGGAAGGUCACUGGGUCAUCCUUCAGAACAUUCACCUGGUGGCCAAGUGGCUGAGUUCUCUGGAGAAGAAGCUGGAGCAGCACAGUGAGGGCAGCCACCAGGAUUUCCGCGUCUUCAUCAGCGCAGAACCGGCUCCCUCCCGUGACGGCCACGUCAUUCCCCAGGGAAUCCUGGAGAACUCCAUCAAAAUCACCAAUGAGGCCCCAACCGGGAUGCACGCAAACCUGCACAAAGCCCUCGACAACUUCAACCAGGAUACGCUGGAGAUGUGCACCCGGGAGAGCGAGUUCAAGAGCAUCCUCUUUGCUCUCUGCUAUUUCCACGCCGUGGUGGCAGAAAGGCGCAAGUUUGGCCCCCAGGGCUGGAACCGUUCCUACCCCUUUAACACUGGAGACCUCACUAUCUCUGUCAACGUGCUCUAUAACUACCUGGAGGCCAGCUCAAAGGUCCCAUAUGAUGAUUUACGCUACCUCUUCGGUGAGAUUAUGUAUGGAGGUCACAUUACAGAUGACUGGGACAGGCGGCUUUGCAAAACCUAUUUGGAAGAAUUUAUUAAGCCAGAAAUGCUGGAGGGAGAACUCCUCCUUGCUCCAGGAUUCCCCCUCCCGGGGAACAUGGACUAUAAUGGCUAUCAUCAGUACAUCGACGACGCCUUGCCUCCGGAGUCUCCUUACCUGUAUGGCCUCCAUCCUAACGCUGAGAUCGGAUUCCUUACCCAGACCUCAGAGAAGCUCUUCCGCAUCGUGUUGGAGAUGCAGCCCCGGGACACCUGCACGGGUGAAGGCGGAGUGGUGACCAGGGAGGAAACGGUGAAAGCUCUUCUGGAAGAGAUGUUAGAGAAACUGAUGGAUGAGUUUAACAUUGCAGAACUGAUGGCAAAGGUGGAGGAAAGGACACCGUACGUUGUGGUUGCCUUCCAGGAAUGUGAGCGCAUGAACAUCCUGACCAGUGAAAUAAAGCGCUCUCUCAAGGAGCUGGAGCUGGGGCUGAAGGGAGAACUGACCAUGACAAGUGACAUGGAGAACUUGCAGAAUGCCCUCUUCUUGGACACGGUGCCUGAGUCCUGGAUAAAGAGGGCUUACCCUUCCACAGCCAGCCUGGGCACAUGGUUUGCUGACCUCCUGACUCGCAUCAAGGAGCUGGAGGCCUGGACAGGAGACUUUUCCUUACCGUCCUCAGUGUGGCUUGCUGGGUUCUUCAACCCCCAGUCUUUCCUGACAGCCAUCAUGCAGUCCACAGCCCGAAAGAACGAGUGGCCUUUGGACAAGGUGACCUUGCAGUGCGACGUGACAAAAAAGAACAGAGAAGAUUUUGCCAGUCCUCCUCGGGAAGGGGCGUAUGUCCAUGGUUUGUUCCUGGAGGGUGCGCGCUGGGAUGCACAGACUGGGAUAAUCACAGAUGCCAGGCUCAUGGAGCUAGCCCCAGCCAUGCCUGUCAUUUUCAUCAGA